AUUAAAAGUGAUUUACACAAACAUGAAGCGAUACUCUCCGUAGAUAAACAGACACCCAAAACAACACACAUGAAAUUAAAUACCAGAGUAGAGCCUUAUAAAUGUAAUACUUGCGAUUACACGUCUAGUAAAAGGUCAAACCUAAGAACACAUGUAAUGACACAUACUGGCGAAAAGCCUUUCCAAUGUAGUCACUGUGCUUACAAAUGCAUUCACAGAAUAAACUUACAAAGACACCAAAGAAUACACACCGGAGAAAAGCCGUACGCAUGUAGUCACUGUGCUUAUAAAUGCAGUACGAAAUUGAAUUUACAAAGACACCAAAUAAUACACACCGGAGAAAAGCCUUACGCAUGUAGUCGCUGUGCUCAUAAAUGCAGUUCGAAAUCAGACUUACAAUGUCAACGAAGAAUACACACCGGGGAAAAGCAUUACAAAUGUAGUCACUGUGACUUCUGUUGCAGUCAUAGGUCAAACGUAAAAACACGUGUAAUGACACACACUGGCAAACAAUAUUUUCAAUGUAGCCACUGUGCUUUUAAAUGCAUUCAAAGAUCACACUUACAAAGUCACGUCAUGAGAGUGCACACCGGAGAACAGCGUUACGCAUGUAGUCACUGUGCUUAUAAAUGCAUUUGGAAAGCAAACUUACAAAGACACGAAAGAAUACACACCGGAGAAAAGCCUUACGCAUGUAGUCACUGUGACUACCGGUGCAGUCAAAGGUCAAGCCUAAAAACUCACGUAAUGACGCAUACUGGCGAGAAACCUUUUCUAUGUAGUUACUGUGUUUAUAAAUGUAAUUCGAAAUCUGACUUACAAAAGCACCAAAGAAUACACACCGGAGAACAGCCUUACGGAUGUAGUCACUGUGCUUAUAAAUGCAGUACGAAAUCACUCUUACGAAGACACCAAAGAAUACACACCGGAGAAAAGCCUUACGCAUGUAGUCAAUGUGCUUAUAAAUUCAGUAGGAAAGAACAUUUAAAAAGACACCAAAAAAUACACACCGGAGAAAAACCUUACGCAUGUAGCCACUGUGAUUACAAAUGCACUAAGAAAUCAUCUAUGCGACGUCACCAGAAGACUCACAUUGGGAUGAACCCUGACAACGCAGCAAGGACUUAAAUCACGGACCUGGCAUUGACAUUUCACGUUCCUUCAAUAAAGAAGCGCCUCCUGUGCGCAGCUCACGCCGCUUCCGUGUGUUAAUUCUUUUACUGUACACGAGCCAGUUUAUAGUUAUUUAUUGGAUGGAUGCCAUGCGUUUUUACCCACUAGUUCUAAAACAUAAAAGUUUCCGAGCCUGUAGGUAAAAAAUAAAAUACCAUGUCCAACGAUAAUAAAAUAGGUGUUGCAGAGCUGUUGUACCUAUUACCUUUCAUGUAAUGACUUCGUCAUUGU